CGUCACAGAACUUCGUCUGCUGCGGAAUCGGUACAGUGCGCUUGUGUUCGGUGUGUGUUUUGAUGGUUUCGUCAGCGCGUUAGUAUUGUUCUCGUCUGGACUAUGUGAUUCACACGCGCAUGACAACCUGUCCGAGUUCACCGUGUGCUUUGCAGUAGCAGAUAACUUCAUUUGCAAAUACGUUCGCGAUGGCGUGACGACACAUGCUACAAUGCAGACGGUUGUGGAGUAAAUGUCCUGUUGUCGCUCGGCGCUGGCGAAUGUGCAUUUUGCCACACAUGAAAUACCGCGGAAUGUUUGUCCUGAACUUUGUCUGGAAGGCCCGUCGCAAGGACAAAGAUGCAGCGCCAGCGAAUCAGGAGGAGCCCAAGAUGUACCUGGAGUCCACAGUGUUGGAGUGCACCAUCCCGGAAUCGCGUCUCAGAGACCUUGUGGACUUGCCCGAGGGCUUAGACUACAACGAGUGGCUCGCUUCACACACACUAGCAUUUUUUGACCACAUAAAUCUGCUUUAUGGCACAAUUUCGGAGUUCUGUACCAUGUCGGGCUGCCCUGACAUGACUGGACCAGGGAACAGGCAAUACUUAUGGUUUGACGAGAAAGGGAAGAAGUGCAAGGUGGCUGCACCGCAGUACAUUGACUAUGUGAUGACCUUCACCCAGAAAACUGUGAAUGAUGAAUCACUGUUCCCCACCAAAUUUGAACGAGACUUCCCAUCAUCUUUCGAGUCUCUCGUCAAGAAGAUCCACAGACUCCUACUCCAUGUCCUAGCCCACCUGUACCACGCCCACUUCCGAGAGAUGGUGCUCUUACAACUGCACGGACACUUGCACUCUCUCUUUGCCCACUUCACCCUCUUCAACUACCAUUUCUCCCUCGUCGACCCCAAAGACGCCGAAGUGCUCCAAGACCUCGCAGUCGCGCUAGGACUGUGCCCGCCGAACCCCUCCGAUGGUGCGCUACCCAGUCCGGCAACCACGGAAGAAGACGGCGGCGCCACCACCACGGCGGGGGAACCGGCGGAAACGACGACCGUGGACCCCGUGCCUACGUUUGUCAGUGACUGUGCAAUGGCGGCGUCUGGAGACAGUGCUGUUUCGUGCAUGCAGUAAGGUUGGGUUGUUAGCGAAAGGAGUGAAGAGCAUUUUUAAAACGGGGGAAAAAAAAGGAGCCAUGACGAAGGUACGAUGUCGCCGUGAUGCUGUUGUGUUUGCUAGAGCUUUCAUGCUGUUGCCUUGAAAUACGUGUUUGGCUGUGGGUGUUAGUGCAUUGUCUACCUGUGGAACUUUUGGCAUGUGCUUGGUCACUAGAGAACUCUGCACGGCACAGCUGUCGAUAGCAAAGGUUGCGUCUCUCACCGAAGAUUACUUUUCCUUAGUUUGUCAAGAUUUUCUUCUGAACUAACGUCUGGAGAGAGAGAGAGCAUCUUCAAGCAGCAAGAGACAGGGACAAGAAACACGCACAACAAGACGAUCUGCUUUACUAGCAACUGAGUAAGAGAUUACAACAAACACAUUUCUUCAAAUUUAGAACACACACACACACACACACACACACACACACGCGCGCGCGUGAUCGGAGCACUCUUCUGGGAAAAACUGUUGAGUCAACUUAGAUAUUGAAAUUCUGUUGAUAACAAGUCCACCCACGGCGAACUCAUGGGUAUCUCAGUGCAGGUAUCUCUAAGCAAAUGUAGAGGACAAGUAAUAAGGGAAAUCCAGGCAGCAUUCCUUAUCAAGAGGACUGAUGAAGAUAUCUGCGUGAGUUCACCGUCGGUCGACUUGUUAUCAGCAGAAUUUGCAUAUGACACCUAUGUUCUACGAGCAUAAAAGAAAUGCCUUUGUUGUAAUCUGUUACUCAGUUGCUAGUAAAGCAGAUCGUCUUGUUGUGCACGUUCUUGUCCCUGUCUCUAUCUGCUUGAAGGUUCCCGCUCAGUAUCAACUACCCCACUUCGCAAGUUUGCUGAACUUCAGGGUAAUGUGGGGUAAUCAGAACAGGAGCAUGUCUUUAUUGCAGUUUGUGCAAUCUUUGCAAGAUGUAAAAAUUUCAGUUGCAGUAACAGCUGCCUUUAAUAGAACGUGGCCCUUGCAGUGUGUCGCAAACCUGUGUGUAACAUAGCGAUAAGUUACACUAAUUGCUUGACGACAGGGCACACUUUUAUGCACUCGCAUCGUGGAGCAGGCUGACUUAUGCACACCAAAAGCGUCCAAGAGUUUAAAGGCAGCACUUACUGCUGUGCCUUUGUCGACACGUUUACACUGCUCACGUGCAUAAUAAGUGUGUCCUCUGUUCGAGUAAAUGUGACAGCCACAACAAGAUAGUCAGGUUGCUGUUGCUUUUACUGUUACGAGGUCCUGCAAUGUUUGGGAGAUUGCUGCAUUUUUUUUCCGGGCACAUUAUUAUACCUGGGCAUUUAACUUAGUUUCAAGGCAGAAAGUCUGUCGGUGUCACCAUGUGAGGCUGGCAUUCUCCUCAAUGCAACACGUUGUCCAGAAUCUCUUCCUCCCAUGAUGCCAUCUAGCUGACAGUAUCCAUAAGGCUGCAUGAACUGCAAGCCAUUUGUGACACAUUCUAACUGGCACAGUGUAGUUUUGGAACAGUAUUACACAACACAACAUGCUAAGAUAUUUCAGAAAGCAUUGAGAUCAGAAAGAACUGUAGAUACCACAUUGCAGAGUCAGUCCGUAUGGCUUUAUUUUUGCAUACAUCCACUCAAUCGAACUUUUGCCGAGGGGCGGCAAAAAAGCAUCGGCUUUUCGCAAGCCGACAGAGAUACUACUCAGGAAGAAUGAUGUCUCUACCAUUUCUGCAUAAGUGAGGUUGUCCAGGAGCAGGACCUCCACGUGGGAGUUAACGAACGCUACGUCUAAAAUUCCCGAGCGUGUUCCCACCGGGCACAUCACACGCUGUGCACUGUACUUUGCAUCUGAAGCACAUAGACAGGUUUUCAGCAGAACGGUAGAUUUGCAGUGUGUCGGACAUUUCUAAUACGCAUACGUUAGUCCAGGUUUAAAAUAAGUCCGAUUAGGCACGGACACGUGCAAAGGAAGGAAUAUUUUUUGCAGUAAGUAUGCACGUAAUUUAUAACUCGAACAAUACAGUGUAUGCACUCCCUGAGUUAUCCGGUUGGAGAAUGCGGUUGGAGUGUUCUCUCAUAACUUUUUAUUCGGGUAAAAGUUUAGGGUUAAAGAUGUUCCAUGUAGCUUGCUCGUACAUCUGGAGGGAGUGGGCGCUACGCCGAUGGUUUCAACGUGGUGGACAUUGUGUCUGAAGUAGGCGAACGUAAAGACGGGUUUGUCGAGACUCUUCCAUGUGCUAGAAAAUCAUUGAUCUCGUCUUAGGCAGUGUUUUUCUUUUCUUUUUUUUUCUUUUUUUGUUGGCCAUGCUUCUCGGCAUGCUGUUUCCCUCUUAUAUUUAUUAAUCUGACGUGCGCAAGUGACACGACGCAUCAUCGUAUGGGGAGUGAGGACGCCCAAAUGGUUUUUAUGAGGUUUUUAAUUUAUGCUUGUUUUCGUUGCUGCAGAACAAGGCAAAGCCCUAACAUAGUACGUGUACAUAUCUGUAUUUUUCUUGCCCAACAGAAUGUCUUUCGAUCUUGAUCCCUCUAGCAUCUAUGCACAACGUUGACUAGAUCACGAUCAAGUCUGAUCGGUAGAUUGAUUAUUGGCAGUGUUAUUUCGCAGCUUGCUGAAUAGAUGAAGCAGCGCAACCCGCGUUCGUAUCUGGACACGAGCACAUUGAUGACUAUUUCUCUUCGUAGUGUGAGGGACAGAAUUGAUUGGUUGAAGCUCUAAUCGUUCUAAAUGCGAGAGGGCGUAGUUUUCUUUUUUUUUUUUUUUAGGCACUAAUUUGCUAUAUUGACUUCUUGACGAGCUGCUUUCAUCGUUAUUUAAAUUAUAGGUUAAGUCUUGUUUCCUCCAAUGUGUGUACAUAGCUCUCAAAAACAACACCAACAACUCUAAUUUAUUUUUAUUUUUGUUGUUACAACAUUUGUAUAUAAUUUGCACCAUCUCAAUUAUAGUCUUGUGCUGUUGGAUAGCAUAGUGUUCUUUCCUGAGGUAUUGAAUACACAAAAGUCCAUUAACGAGACUAUUAGAUAGAACUGUCGAAUAAUAAUCUUAGGCAAAAAAAGAAAAAAAAAAUCCAGCGACGGACUUCAUUGUGAACCGACGAGAUGUCAGUAUUGAUGCUCACACAAGACACGAAGCGCGCACAGAGCCUAUUUAGUUAGCAAAAAGAAAAAAAAAACUGAAAAACUUGAAAGAGGAGAUAUACUACAACAGUUCUGAGAAUGUCGCAGCUGCGAGACAAUGAACCUUGGCUUUCAUGUCUCACCAUGUACUUAGAGGCACUUAGAGCGAAGAGAGCAGUAGAAAUCCUGUGGCGGCCAGACGCUAACAAUAAUAACUACAGAGGAACUAUAUAUAUAUAUAUUAUAAAUAUAUAACAUAUAUUGAAAGAGAACCCUAUUACUAUCGUAUAUUCUUCACUUGUAAAUAGGAGAAAAGAAAAAAAAUGGGGCACAUGUUUCGUUUUUGUGGUGGCUGGCCUUUUCUUUGGUAUCGACUGAGCAAGAUGGACUGUGUGUACACUGGCAGAUGGGUAGGUGGUUUGUUCGGGGCGACUUCUUGCAUAAGUGUAUCCAUUGUUGACUGUUCUGUGAAGCACUAUGUAGAUGUACAUAAAUAAUAUAUAGUAAUUAGGAAAAAGGAGGAAAGGCAAGAAGCAUUGUUUGUGGCUGCAUGGCAACGACAGUAGCUUUAUUCCCACCAUUGUCUCCUCGCCUUCCCUUUCCUUUUGUGCUUCCUCUCCAAGCGCUUGUAUUUGCGAUGUGACGAUUUUUUUGUUUUCUAAAACCUCCUCGUUGCUGCGUGUGUGGGACAGUACAAGCUGUGUAAGAAGACCCAGCAACCCCAACAACACCGAAUAUCCUCUGGAUGUACGAAUAAUGUCCUAAGGAAUUCGUACGUCCGAUGGAUAUCCUCAGUAUAUCCAUCGGACGUACGAAUCCGUUAGGGCAUUGUUCGUGCAUCCAGAGGAUAUUCGGUGGUGUUGGAGGAGGGUCAUGCCGGGCGAAGGACUAGUUCAUGCAAUAAGGCAAGGAAAAUUUAGGUAAGGGAGCACAGAAUGAAAGGAAUUCAUCUUUUAUUGGACAGAAUUCCACAUCUGAGCAAGUGUUGUCAGUAGCUUCUUACAAAACGUGCAAGAUCUAGCCGUCAGCCAGGGUAGCAAUGCUUCUUGACCUUUCCCAAGGGGCCUUGUUGAGAACACUCCUGACCUUUGCACGGCUUAGGGAACUAGACAAAUCUAUGUCGAUGCGUGAGUGCUGCUGCUGCUGCUGCUCUCUAUGUGUGACGUGGUCCUCCCCGCGGACCUUGUUGAACUCAGUCGUUGGUGCCUUUGAACUGCGUGCGUCUCACCAACUCCGCCAGAUAUCAUCCAACCCUCAACCACCAGCAGAUUUACUUCCAUUUCACUCUCUACAAUGCACUUUUUUAUUUUCCCCCUACCUAUAGUUCAUUAUGUGCAUCCUGCCAUCCGGAAGGAAGCUGUCAACUGCCUAUCUUGCCACCCCCUGUGCUUUAUUUAUUUUGUAUUUGUGAUUUGUAGGUGCUAUGUAGUGCUUAUUUGGAAGUGUGCAAACCUAUAGUAUACAUGCAGAUUUGUAUGCAAUCGAAUUUUUUUUUGUUUCUUGCUUGAGGAUGUAUUCCGGUCGCAGUUAGAUUUCGCGUUUCCUUUUGUUAUGGCCGAAUUUGACGUGACUCAUGUGAACAGGGGACGGCGAAAGAAAGUCAAGAAUAAGUGAUUUGAUUGUGAAAUUAUGGGAUCAGUUCCACACAAGUGCACAUGUGCAGUGUUUUGGAGCGUCAACAUGCAAAACCUUACGACUUUUCGGUUGCGUACAAACAUUACUACUUUGUGAUAUCACGGUAUUGAGGCAGCUGCCUUUCUCUGUUUUGUUGGAAGUGAAUUAGUGAAUUGGAUGAGUGUCUGUGAUCCUGAAAAGCCAUUCCACGUGUCGAGCACAUUGAUGACUUGUUGACCAUGUGAUUUGUUUGCUGAAUAUUAUACGUGGACUCUCGCGUCGAUCGGCCUGUGCCACGGGUUGGUGACAGUUUUUUUUUCUUUUUUUUUUUUCUUAAUGAUGUUUACUACCGGAGCCAGUUGUACUCAGUGAUUUGUUGUUUGCUGGAGGUUAGGGUUGAAUGGCAUGCUCCCCUUUGUGGUGUCGAAGUGUUUGAAAUAUCAGAGAGCGGUGAGGAUUGUACGGAAGGUUCGCUCUUCGCCUUUGAUAAUCCAUACAGCUGUGCACGCAGUUGGACUUUGUACAUAGAAGACGCAAGUGAAAAAAAUCUUUGAGGGAACUAGUCAAGUACAAUAAAGUUUAGUACAAUGA